AUGUCAGGAAGGGCAACAACGUGGCUCAAGAUGCUCGCCGUAGGCGGCGCAUGCUGCAUAGGAGGACCAGCACUCGUGUUCUGGGUGCAGCCGACCGACGAGGAGCUGUUCAAGCGCUACAACCCGGAGCUGCAGAAGAAGAGCCUCGAGCGCCGGUACGAGAAACAGAAGGACUUUGACGACUUCGUGAUCCAGUUGAAGGACUAUUCGAAAUCCGACCGCCCGAUAUGGACGGUGCAAGAAGAAGCUGUGCGCAAGCGGAAGGAGGAAGGGCUGAGACAGGACUUCCUCAAUGCAGAGGAGGCCAAAUCGAGAAAGGAAGCUCUGAGGAGGGAAGCCGGCUUGUCGAGUUCUGACAAGUGA